GUGUAUUGUGUCAUUUUUAUUCUGUUUGUUUUAAUUUUUAAUGUAUAAAAAUUUGUAUAUAUAUAUAUAUUAUUUUCAAAUUAUAUAUUUUAUACUUCAAUGUUAAGUUCCGAUGAUACAGAAAUUGAAAAUAUUCCACAAAAUGAGAGAUACAGGAGAAAACCAAAAUACGUGAAGAGGUUAAAUUUUGGUCAAUCUAUUAUAAAUUUAAAUACAAUAGAUAGAUUAAAGAAACCUGAUGGUAAUAAAUUUAUAAUUGACGAAAAUGUGGCAAGAAUACCUGGUACAGAAAAAGAAGAUUUUGUACGCAAGUGGAUUGAAAUUCAUAACAACAAUGACGAUUUAUCCAGUAAAGAAUCUAAUCAAUCAUCACCUGUAUUGGGUACAGCUAUAUCAAAACAAGCACAAACAUCUCCUAUUUUUGGUGUUUGCAAAAACCAUAAUAAUGUAAGAUCAAAAUCAGAUUAUAAUCUUAUAAAAAGUGAAAUAUGUAAACAGCUAGAAACAUCACCAAUUCUUGGUAGCUUAAAACGAAAGAAUAGAAAGAGGUUAAAUUUUUCUGGUAAAAAGAAAGAAAUCGAGUUGGACAUAGAUGAUUAUGUUAACAUAAAAAAAAAUCUUUUUGUAAACAAUUCUGAAUAUAAUAGUUCACAAAAUGUAAAGAUGGACAGAUCUCCUAUAUUAGUUAGAGAUGCAUACUAUUACAAAAGAAGACGUAGAAGAUGUAUUACUGAAAACAAUCCGAUGCAUAAAUUAAAUAAUACUAUCGUUGAGACAAGUGAUUGUGGCAAUAGAAAUAUAAACUUAUUAUCUUCUAAUACAUCAUCAAAUGUUAAUUCUUUAAGUCCUGAAAUUUUUAUAUCUGCUGCAAAACAGAGAAAAAUAGAUUGUGGUAAAAAUGAUGGAGGUAAAGAAAUAUGUAUAUCAAAGAACAUGAUUAUUCCUAUUUUCUCAUACUCUUCUAUGAUAAAGGAUAAUGCAAUUAUAAACAAUAGUUCUAUAGAUAAGAAUACUCCAGUGAUUGAGUCAGUAUCUAGCGAUGAUAGUAAUAUAACAGAACACAAGGAGAUUACAGAUUUAAAUAGUAAUAAUGAUGAAAUAAUAAAUAAUAUGAUAGAAGAUAUAGAUAAUGAGGAUGCAAUUUCUUUGACAAAAAACUCUAUUCCUGGAUCUAAUAUUAUAUCCAAAAGUCUAUGUAAGGUUAUAGAUAAAUGGUCCGUUGUAUCUCCUGAAGAUUCAGAUAAGACAUUUUAUUCUGAAGUAGAAAUCUAUAAGAAUAAACUUCCCCAUAAAAUCGCAAAUGAAUGGACUAUAGAAUCUUUUAAAGAUUCAGAUGAAAUAUUGUUGUCUAAAGUAGAAUCCAUGAAAUCUGCGUCAUCUAUAUUUCAAAAUGGUCAUUCAUUGGACAAAAUAUCACAAGUAACAACCUUUUCUAAUGAAAGCAUAGAUAGUAGACUAAGUCAAACAAAUUUUGUUAUAAGUACUGCUACAUCUCCAGUAAGAACGAAUAGCUGGCCUGCUAUGUCUUUACAAAUAUUAGACUCUUGUAAGAAAAAGCGCAGAAUCAAAAAGAACAGUUUAGCAGCAAAAUUGCAAUCAUUGGUAAAUAGACAAACAUCAUUUGUUCGUAUGUGGCAGCAUCAAAUGAAGCAAGUAGAUAUAGAUGGUACGUCUAUGCCACACGUGGUCGUAUAUGUAGAUAAAUGUACAGUGCAUUUGUACAGACAAUUUUUAGAAGGAAUUGUCUUGAACGAUUCUUUUAAUCUAUUAAAUAACAAUGAAAAUCAUAGAAAAUCUAAUUUAUCUGAAUCAUCAAGUGAAAAAAUAUCAUAUAAAAUGAUUACUAUGAUUAUUAUACCUGAUAUCGUAGGCACAAUAAUGUCGGUUGCUCAAGAUCGUCCAGAAUUAUAUGAAGAAGUGAAGCUAUACAAAAAUGCCAGGGAAAGAGAAAAGCAUGACAAUCAAGCUGAUCUUUAUGCGGUGGUCAAUACUUUGCAACAUUUAGAAAAGGCUUAUAUCAGAGAUUGUGUCACACCAAAGGAGUAUACAGCAGCAUGCAGUAAAUUGUUAGUUCAAUACAGGGCAGCAUUUAAGCAGGUUCAAAGCGACCAGUUUCCUACAAUAGAUACAUUUGCAAGAGCUUUUCGUUUGGAUUGUCCAGCAGCUCUGGAAAGGAUUAAAGAAGAUAGACCAAUUACGAUCAAAGAUGACAAAGGAAAUACUUCUAAGUGUAUCGCAGAUAUUGUUUCAUUAUUCAUUACCUUGAUGGACAAACUUCGAUUAGAAAUCAAAGCUAUGGAUCAAUUACAUCCAGAUUUGAGAGAUUUAAUGGAUACAAUGAAUCGUCUUAGUAUAUUACCCAGCGAUUUUAAUGGAAAAGAAAAGGUUGCAGAAUGGUUACAAACAUUGAAUAAUAUGUCUGCUUCAGAUGAACUGUCAGAUACACAAGUGAGACAACUUAUUUUUGAUCUUGAAACAUCUUAUAAUGCUUUCAACAAAAUAUUACAUAAUUCUUAACUUUGGAUAUUCAACAUAUUAACUGUUCAGACACAUUAUUUUUAUUAAUGCAGUGAUAUUCGUUCCAAUUA